CCAUCUUCUAGAGUCCUUACGUAUCUCCUGCGCCGUGGGCGUAUACCCUCGUCAACCAUGGCGUUGGCCGUCUUCGAGCCUCCAAUCGACACGCCAGAAGCUGUUACUUCGCCGCCUGCUGUGGUAACAACUCCGUGUGAUCCAUGGCCAAGACCGUAUUAUCUCGAGGACGGUCUUCGGAGGGUUGCGCCAUACCACUUCACUUAUAAUACGAAUGUCAAGGAGCGGUGGCGAGGGCGCGGAAUUCUUGACAUCUUUCGCGAUGAGUUUCGUGACCGGCCAGAGGAGUACUAUAAAGACGCCAUAGAGACGGGUAAGAUACAGGUCAACGGCCAACCCGUGCCUUCUGUCGGCGCCGUAGUCCAGAAUGGCGAUAUCAUAAGCCAUACACUGCACCGACACGAGCCUCCUGUGACAGCUCAGCCGAUCACUAUCGUGCACGAGGACGACGACAUGAUUGUCAUCAACAAGCCUGCUGGCGUGCCCGUGCACCCUGCUGGUCGCUACAACUACAACAGCGUGGUGGAGAUCAUGCGAGCCGAAAGAGGACAUCAAUGGAAUCCUCUGCCGUGCAAUAGACUUGACCGAUUGACGAGUGGAGUAAUGUUCAUCGGCAAGCACAAGAAAGCCGCCGAGCGGCUGACGGAUCAGCUUGUUGAGCGGACGGUGAGGAAGGAGUACGUUGCUCGAGUUAAAGGCGAAUUUCCGGCCAACGAGGUUGUUUGCGAGCAACCAAUACUGCAGAUCUCGCCAAAGCUUGGCUUGAACAGAGUCCGAGCGAAUGGAAAGACCGCUAAAACGGUCUUCAGACGCCUUGCGUACUACCCACCAGCAGCCACGUCGCAAGGAGACAGUGCACCAAAGGAAGGCUACUCGAUUGUCCGUUGCCUUCCAUUGACUGGCCGCACGCAUCAGCUCCGUGUGCAUCUGCAGUUCCUUGGACAUCCCAUCACGAACGACCCGAUAUAUGCCAAUCGACGUGUCUUCGGCGCCAGUCUUGGUCGUUCAAGCGCCAACUCCGAUGAUGACGACGACAUAAUGACUCGCCUCUCGCGCAUGGGCAAGGAUGAAGUUGCAGAAGCCGUGGCAUACGAGGACGAAAUGAUCGAGGAGUACAACAAGAAGAAAGCUGAAAAAAUGACUGGUGAAUCGUGCGACAUAUGCCAGACGCCGCUCUACAGUGACCCCGGGCCUCACGAGCUUGGCAUCUACUUGCACGCCAUGAAGUACGCCAGCGCAGACGGAAGCUGGAGCUAUGAGACGCCGUUACCGAACUGGGCGUUGCCGCCUCCUGGUUUCGCAGGGCCGCUGGGAGCAACGCCAGAGAGUGAUCCUUUAGCGGCGGAUCUGAAGCGGUUGGACGUGGUAGAUGAUGCUCCGGAGGUCCAGGUGAACGGCAGUACGUAAUAUUUGGCUACUAGGAGGCAUGCGGAUAGAGAUGCGGUAGCAAUGUCGUGUGUCGAAUGGCGCAAUCACUGCCGCAACUGCUUGCUUGGCAGUGCAAUUGCCUGCAUGGUGCCUGCCGAUCGCUCCACGAGGGAGGCUGAGCACUGCAGCUGGCCGCCUUGGCAAUCAUAUGGCUUCGAAUUCAGCUGUUGAAGCUCUGCAUCACCUCAUCUUCCUCAUCAAGUGAGGGUCUACAUAGAGAGAGCUUGCCAUCCACCGUCCCUCAAUCAACACCAAACUCUGCUUCAGACAUCUGAGCUCACUCAGCAAUCAUGGGUGUGAGUCUCUCAUCCUUUGGCACUUCUACCCCACCAUCACAGCCCCUCCAAGCGACGUCAUGGCACACGGGUGAAGGGACGCCCAAGGAUUAUACUGACGAACAAGCAGUUGGCCUCGAAACUCGCCGCGGCGCAAGGAGGACAAGCAGC